AUGCGUAACACCAGGAUCGACCUGUUGGAGGAGGAGCUACGACUCCUUAAAGAGGAUAUCGGGUACCGCAACACCAAGAACAGUUCUCUGGAGGAGGCGUUAGCUCGCUAUCGACUGGAGCUGUCCCAGUUGCAGGAGCAGCUCCACUCUGUGGAGGAGGUGAAGAGGAGCAAGGCCCUACAGUGCAGCGUCACCCAGGACACUCUGGCCUCCACCCACGGCCAACUGAAGGAUCUGCAGGAGCAGGUGGCCCGCCUCACCUCCCUCAUGGAGGAGGAGAAGAGGAAGAGGAUGCUGGCGGAGGAGUGCUACAGGAAGCAGCAGGAGGAGCACGAGCAGGUGCUGAGGAGGAGGCAGAAGGAGCUGGAGGAGGCCAACUGGGCCAAGAUGGAGGUGGAGAAGAGCGUGGGGGACCGGGAGAGGGAGGCAGAGAGGCUACGGAGGCAGCUGGAGGAGGAGGUGCGACGCUGCAAGGACCUGGAGCAGGAGCUGUCUAAGGUAAGGAGCCAGUGCAGUGUGGAGAUCAGUAACCUAAAGCUCAGCUACGACUCCCAGAUGACCUUCUGCAGGACGGACAUCCAGCACCUGUCUGCCCAGAGGGAGGAGGUGGACCAGGGCAUCAGACUGCAGUGUGACAUGCUAGAGGCCGAGAGGAGAGACCAGGAGGACCAGCUCAGGAGGCUGAAGGUGUGUCUGAGCCAGGCCGAGGAGCAGAGGAGGAGGGCCGAGGAGGAGGCGCAUGUUCAGAGAUCUGUGGUCACAGAGGAGGUGCGGAGGAGGAGGGAGCUGGAGGCGCAGGUGGAGAUGUUAGUUAGGGAGAGAGGGGAGGACAGUAAUCAGUAUAGAGAGGAGGUGUCCGAGCUCACCAAGGCCCUGCAAGAGAGGAGCGGCCAGCUGGUUCUCCUCACACACAGCCUGGAGGAGGAGCAGAGGAGGAGGAGAGCCCUGGAGGAGGAGAGGACCAGGCUGGAGCUGCUCCUGGGGGAGAUUCAGGCCAAGCAGGCCUCCUCCUCCCAGGCCGUGACCCGGCUGAGAGAGGUGGAGGAAAAGCUGGUUAGCAUCCGUACAGAGUUUAAGAAGGAGAAUGUUGAGAAGAAUAAGGCAGAGCAGAGUGUAGCCAGGUUACAGGGACACGUCAGGGAGCUGCAGGCCACGGCUGAUAGGCUAGAGGGGGAGGCGGAGGCCCUGAGGAGAACCAACCAGGAGGAGGUGACCAAGAGGAGGCACGUGGAGACAGAGCUCCAGAAAAACACCCACACCAUGCGGGAGUACACCAGCACCAUCACCACCCUACGCCGGAGCCAGGAGGAGGCCCAAACCACAGGGAGGAGGGGAGAGGAGGAGCACAGGAAACUCCAGGAGGAGCUGGAGAGGAGGUUGAAGGAGUUCAAGGCCUCCACGGAGUGCCUGACGUCCCUGAGCUCUGAGCUGAAGUCUCUCCAACAGCAGUUCCUCCAGGAGCAGGCUAAAGUCCGUGAGGAAAACCUGCGCAAUGAAACACUCUACAAGACCAUUGAGGAGAAGAGCCGGGCGCUCAACGAGAGCUCUGUAGAACGGGAACGACUCCAGACCCUGACCCUGACACUGACCAAGGAGCGACUGCGACUCGAGGAGGAGCUGAGGGGAGUGAAGAACGAGAGAGAUGAUUUGCUGAGAACCAGACAGGGAGCUGAUGAUGAGCUGGUGUCUCAGAUCACUGCUCUGGAGCUGCAGCUGAAGAGCAGCUUGAGAAGCAGCGUGGAGACCCAGAGCCUGGUGGCAGAGCUCUCUUCAGAGAGGGAGAAACUCAGGAUGGAGAUAGAUCAAGUCCAGAGGCAGGCCAUGGAGGUACUUGUCUUGGACCUUUUAGAGGUUCAUGUCGGACUGUUUUGUGUUUCUCUAAAUCAAACUAUACUCCUUUAGUUAGUCUUAGUGGAAUAGGCUUUAGGCUGGCUGUGGACAAUGCCUACUCUUGCAUGCUGAAAUACCUCCUGUUGAUGCCUUUGAUUGUUCUUUGUUUUGUUUUUUGCUCUGAUCAGAUUGUGAAACACAUACAAGUUAUUCUUAUGUGUUGGCAUUUGCAUUUUCAAUCGUUAGAUUAAAAGAAAAAAAACGAAUGCUUCCCCCUCUGCCUUCUCUCACAAAACUGCUAUCCCGCCCACAACUAUACUCUUAGAAAAAAGGUGUUAUCUAGAACCUAAAAUGGUUCUUCGGCUCUCCCUUUGAAGAACCCUUUUGAUUCAAUGUAGAACCUUUUUGGGUUCCAUAUAGGACCCUUUUCACAGUCGGUUCUACAUGGAACCCAAAAGGGUUCUACGUGGAACCAAAAAGGGUUCUUCCUCUAACCAAAAAGGGUUAUCUUAUGGGGACAGCCGAAAUAAAACUUUUUUUUCUAAGAAUGUAGACGCUUCCUCUGUGAUUGAACAAUCAGCAUGCUUUUUUGCCAUUGCUUGUUUUGUCUGCAAUGAUCCACAGUGUGUAUAUCAUCAUGGGUCCUCUGGUGUCUGUUUGUGUCUCUGUAGUGUCAUCCUCAAGUCCUUGUCUAGUCUAGAAGUCCCUUUGUCUAGUCUAGAUAUCAGUCCUAGUCUACAGUGUCUGCCUAUUUCCUUUGUAAGUUCUGGAAACCUACAAUGUACAAAUGUGCCUUUAAUUGCACUCACUUUCAAUUGUAUGUGAAUUGUGUGUUGAUGUAUCCAUGUUGCGGUUUAACUGGUAAUCUCUUUACUCUUAUCAUUUUUAAUUGAUAACUGCUCAUUGUUUAUGUGUGGGUAAGUUAUUGGAGCUGUGUUGUGUUUCUUCAAUAACAAAGCAUGCUGUCACAUGUCGUUCUUAUUGUAAAUGCCAAAUCACUAUAUUUUGUGACAUUUUUAAACAAAUUCAUUCAUUCUUAUUCUCAAACUAAUUACUCAACUAAUAUUUGUUGCCCCUUCCUCUGUCUGUCUAUCUCUCCUCCACCCCUAUCUCCUCUCUCCCUCCCCAUCUUUAUCCCUCUCCCUCAACCCCUCUCCCCCAUCUCUCCCCAUCCAGACCUCCUCUCUGAUACAGUCCACCAAGACCCAGUACAGCGAGAUGGUGAUGGAGAAAGAUGCUCUUCUGCUAAAGCUGAAGCAGACAGACCAAGACAGGGCCAGGUCCCAGAAGCUGGAGGAAGAACUAAACCGCAUCAAACUAUCUCUGGAGUCCGAGUUACGCCUCAAACUACGUCUGCAGGAGGAGAACGAGAAGGUGUGUAUUGUUGAUUUCACUUUGCCGUCUAGAAACAACUUUAAUAUAUAUAUAUAUAUAUAUUUAUUUUAAAUUCAUCCAUUCAUCCAUUCCUUUAUCCAUUCCUUCAUUAAUUCAUUCACCAUUCAGGCCAAAAAGGACUUCCUGUACUGGAAGGGCCAGUAUGAGUCCAAAGAAGGUGCUGUGAGGCAGUUUGACUCCGUGAAGGAGAAACUGGAGCGGGAGAGGAGCUCUCUGAAGACUGAGAUUGAGCGGCUGAUGAGAGAGCUGAGGGAGGGGGAGGACAGGUAUAAGAGCAAGCUGCUGAUCACCCAGACCCAGCUCUCUGAAUUGACCUACGUCAGAGACACCCUGGAGGCAGAGUUGAGGAAACUCAGGGAGCGGCCCGACGCCUGCGCCAAACACACCCAGACGGACGAGAGCGGGAAGAAAGAACUGGACCCCGCCACGCUGGUCUUCGACGGCGUCCGUAAGACAGUGACGGCCAAACAGCUGCUAGACUGCGGGGUCAUCGACAAGCCAACCUAUGGCCAGUUGCUGAAGGGUCAGAAGACGGUCCGUGAGGUAUCUGUGGACAUCAAACUGAAUCUGAAAGGGACCGGCAUCAUCGCUGGUGUUGCUGCAGACUGUCAGGAUAAAAUGACGCUCACAGAGGCCAAGAGAGCCAACAUCCUCUCUGAAGACAGCGCCACCUUGCUGCUGGAGGCCCAAGCUGCCACAGGCCACAUAGUGGAUCCCAGAGCCAACGAGAAGAUGUCGGUGGAGGAGGCAAUUAAGAGAGGAGUGGUGGAUGAGGAGGAUAGAGAGAGGCUGGUGGCUGCAGAGGCUGCCUGUCUGGGGUACCGUGACCCCAAUACCACCAAGCCCCUGUCAGCAGGCCAGGCUAUGAGGAAGGGCCUGAUCGAUAGAGACACAGCUCUACGGAUGCUGCAAGCCCAGGAGUCUGUCGGGGGCAUCAUAGACCCUGUCCUCAGUGUCUUCCUCCCUAAAGACGCAGCCAUGGACCGGGACCUGAUCGACGAGGACCUGUACCGGGCCUUAAACCAACGACCUGAGUGUUACCUGGACCCAGACACCCAGAUGGGAGCCAGCUACGUCUCCCUGAAGAGGAGAUGCAAGGCCGAACCCACCACUGGUCUCCUGCUCCUCCCUGCCCCAGAGAAGCCCAUGACGGUGAAGGGUCUCAGGGGAGAGGUGUCUAUCAAGGAUCUGAUGGACGCUAACCUCUUGGAGAAAUCGGACAUGGACCAACUGAAGGAUGGCAAACUGACUAGCCAGGACAUCGAGGACCGGUUGAGGUCGUACCUCUGCGGCUCCACCUGCAUCGCAGGGGUCUAUGACGAGGCUAACGACAAGACCCUAUCCAUCUACCAGGCCAUGAAGGAAGGGUUACUGAGGCCCGGCACAACCCUGGAGCUCCUCGAAGCCCAGGCCGCCUCCGGAUUCAUGAUCGAUCCCAUCAACAACCUCUGUUUGACCGUGGCCGAUGCCUACAAGAGCGGCCUGGCCGGGCCGGAGUUCAAAGACAAACUCUUGUCUGCAGAGAGGGCCGUCACCGGGUACAAAUAUCCAGGCACAGACAAGAUAAUCUCCUUGUUCCAAGCCAUAGAGAAGGGGCUGAUUGAGAAGGGACAUGGGAUCCGUCUACUGGAGGCUCAGAUCGCCAGCGGUGGCAUCAUCGACCCCAGGCACAGCCACCGCAUCGAGGUGGAGACUGCCUAUAAGAAGGGCUACUUCGGAAAGGAGAUGAACCAGAUCCUGACAGACGAAGGGGACGACUCCAAGGGCUUCUUCGAUCCCAACAACCAGGACAACCUGACUUAUCUCCAGCUAAAGAAACGCUGCAUCAUAGACCAGAAGACUGGCCUGGUUCUCCUGCCCAUCAAGGACAAGAAGAAGAAGGAGCCUCCGCAGACAACGACGCAGAAGAAUACUCUGAGGAAGAGGAGGGUGGUGAUCGUAGACCCAGACACCAAUAAGGAGAUGAGUGUGAAGGAAGCGUACGACAAGGGGCUCAUCGACUACGAGACCUUCCUGGAGCUGUCGCAGCAGGAGUGUGAGUGGGAGGAGAUUACGAUCACAGCCCAGGAUGGAUCCUCACGAUUGGUCAUCAUCGACAGGAAAACUGAGAUCCAGUAUGACAUCAGAGAGCUGCUGGAGAAGAGGGUGAUCGACCAAUCAGUGUACGACCAGUACCAAUCCAAGACGAUCACUCUCGCACAGUUCGCUGACAUCAUCAUCAGCAAGACCAAAGCCGCCAGAUCCUCUGCCGCCUCCUCCUCCUCCACAUCAUCAACAUCAUCAUCCAAAGCCAGAGCAUCAUCAGCAGCAACAUCAGCAUCCUCCCUGUCUUCAUCAACCACCUCCGCUCAGCGGAUCACUUCCAUCAAGGCUGAGAAGACGAGCUCCAUCAUUGGUGGCUCCACCACUGGCAGCUCCACCAUAGAUGGCUCCAGCAUUGGCAGCUCCUCUGGUGGCUCCCUUGGCAGUUCUACCACGUCCAGAACCACCACCAUCAGCUCCUCUACCCAGCCCGAUGGCCCUCCCUCCCACAGCUCCCUGAAGAACAUCGCCAGCAUCUCGGUCUCCCUGGCUGGCCCUGCUGAAGCUGUGGUCUUGGAUGGGGAGCAAAGCCCUGUGGGCGCCAUCUUUGACAUGGAGGCCCUAGAGAAGAUCUCCAUUUCUGAGGCCCACAAACGUGGCCUGUUGGACAGCAUCUCUGCCCAGAGACUACUGGAAGCCCAGGCCUGCACAGGAGGCAUUGUAAACCCUUCCGAUGGCAGGCGCCUGUCCAUCCAGGAGGCCUCCCGCCAGGGGAUCAUUGAGAACGACAUGGCUACCAGGCUGAAGCCUGCCCAGAAGGCCUACAUUGGGUUUGAAGAUGUCAAGUGUAAACGCAAGAUGUCCGCCGCAGAGGCCAUGAGGGAGAAGUGGCUUCCCUACGAGGCGGGCCACCGCUUCCUGGAGUUCCAGUUUGUUACCGGUGGCCUGUACGACCCGGAGCUGGGCCGCAGGAGGACCAUCGAGGAGGCUGUCAAAGUGGGCUGGCUGGACGGGAGGACGGCCCAGAAACUCCAGGACAUGAGGCACCACGCCAAGAACCUAACCUGCCCCAAGACCAAGCUGAAGAUCUCUUAUAAAGAAGCGCUGGAUAACUGCUUGUUGGAGGAGAAUACGGGAGUCAAGAUGCUCCAGGCUGCCUCCACCUCUUCCAGAGGGAUCAGUAGUCCAUACAACUCCUCCGCUCCCGGGUCCACCUCGGGCUCCAGGACCGGGUCGAGGUCGGGCUCCCGGAGAGGCAGCGUGGACCAGGGGUCGCCUGGCUCCUCCAGCCGAUACAACGUCAUAAGCAGCUCCACCUACAGCCGCACCUCCUACAGUUCUAGCUCCAUUUCAUAG